AUGCCGCAAGCUCUUCUGUCGUGCUUCAGAAAAGGAGGAGUUUCGCCGUGCCGUCGAGAUCCCCGUGUGCUUCCGACAUUCACCCUGUUCCCCCUUCUGUGGUUUGGUCAAUGCUGUCGGCACCUGUACCCCUUUCGCUGCCUUAACUGCCGUGUUUCAGACGAGGAGGCGUUCCUCCGUGCAGUGUCCGCGGGAAGCAACGUGAUCCCCAUUUCCCGUCGCAUUUUCAGCGACCAUUUGACGCCCGUCCUCGCUUACCGCUGCCUCGUUAAGGAGGACGACCGCGACGCGCCCAGCUUCCUCUUCGAGUCCGUCGAAACCGCCAACGACGGCCGAGCCAGAUCCGGCCGCUACUCGUACGUGGGAGCGCAGCCAGCACUGGAGGUGGUGGCGAGGGGGGUGGGCCCAGUGUCGGUGGUGAACCAUGACCUUGGGAAGAGAGAGACGAUGGAGGGCAAGGACCCGCUGCAG